AUGACGUCCUGUAAUCUGCAGAUGUCUGCAGGACACAUCAGCGUCCAUGUUGCUUCCAGUUCUAUUGGAUGCUGUUGUAAAUGGUGUGUUUCCUGUUUUACAGAGCCUCUCCUGGAUGACUUUCUGCUGACAUACCUGGUAUUCAUGUCAACCAGUGAUCUGUGUCAGGCUCUCCUGGGACACUAUUGUUCAAAGAGACACCACCGGGGGAAAGAGGAAGGGAAGGAGGUUCUGGACAGGAAACGUCAGGUCCUGCACCUGGUGACACAGUGGACAACACUGUACAGGGACUUCCUACGAGAAGACGAGCAUGUUAAACUCUUCAUGAAGACAUUGUAUCGUUUCCUCCUGGAUGACCUGUAUGAGUAUCCAACUCUAGAGAAGGAGCAGAAGGACCUGCAGAAACUCCUGCGGCUGCAUCGCAGACAUACAUUGGAGGAGUAUUCACCCUACAGAAAGGUAAGAGGCCAAACUACAUGAGAUUUUUUAUUUAUUUUUAUUUCACCUUUAUUUAAACAGGUAGGCAAGUUGAGAACAAGUUCUCAUUUACAAUUGCGACCUGGGUGAGUAUGAGUAUUCACCCCACAGAAGGGUAAGAGGCCAAACUACAUGAGAUGAGUAUUCACCCCACAGAAAGGUAAGAGGCCAAACUACAUGAGAUGAGUAUUCACCCCACAGAAGGGUAAGAGGCCAAACUACAUGAGAUGAGUAUUCACCCCACAGAAAGGUAAGAGGCCAAACUAUAUGAGAUGAGUAUUCACCCCACAGAAGGGUAAGAGGCCAAACUAUAUGAGAUGAGUAUUCACCCCACAGAAGGGUAAGAGGCCAAACUAUAUGAGAUGAGUAUUCACCCCACAGAAGGGUAAGAGGCCAAACUACAUGAGAUGAGUAUUCACCCCACAGAAGGGUAAGAGGCCAAACUACAUGAGAUGAGUAUUCACCCCACAGAAGGGUAAGAGGCCAAACUAUAUGAGAUGAGUAUUCACCCCACAGAAGGGUAAGAGGCCAAACUACAUGAGAUGAGUAUUCACCCCACAGAAGGGUAAGAGGCCAAACUACAUGAGAUGAGUAUUCACCCCACAGAAGGGUAAGAGGCCAAACUAUAUGAGAUGAGUAUUCACCCCACAGAAGGGUAAGAGGCCAAACUACAUGAGAUGAGUAUUCACCCCACAGAAGGGUAAGAGGCCAAACUACAUGAGAUGAGUAUUCACCCCACAGAAGGGUAAGAGGCCAAACUAUAUGAGAUGAGUAUUCACCCCACAGAAGGGUAAGAGGCCAAACUAUAUGAGAUGAGUAUUCACCCCACAGAAGGGUAAGAGGCCAAACUAUAUGAGAUGAGUAUUCACCCCACAGAAGGGUAAGAGGCCAAACUACAUGAGAUGAGUAUUCACCCCACAGAAGGGUAAGAGGCCAAACGACAUGAGAUGAGUAUUCACCCCACAGAAAGGUAAGAGGCCAAACUAUAUGAGAUGAGUAUUCACCCCACAGAAGGGUAAGAGGCCAAACUACAUGAGACGAGUAUUCACCCCACAGAAAGGUAAGAGGCCAAACAACAUGAGAUGAGUAUUCACCCUACAGAAAGGUAAGAGGCCAAACUACAUGAGAUGAGUAUUCACACUACAGAAAGGUAAGAGGCCAAACUAUAUGAGAUGAGUAUUCACCCCACAGAAAGGUAAGAGGCCAAACUGCAUGAGAGGUAAUGGAGCUAUUAUAUGACUCACAGGAGGCUGCUGAGGGGAGGACAGCGAAUGGAAUAGCAUCAAACACAUGGAAACCAUGGAA